AUGGAGGGACUAAUGGGCAUCACAAAGGGACAAAUGGGCACCACGGAAGGACUAAUGGGCACCACAAAGGGACUAAUGGGCACCACAAAGGGACUAAUAGGCACCAAGGAGGGACUAAUGGGCACCACGGAGGGACUAAUGGGACCCGCAGAGAAACAAAUGGGUACCACGGAGAAACAAAUGGGCCCCACAGAGGAACAAAUGGGCCCCACGGAGGAACAAAUGGGCCCCACGGAGGAACAAAUGGGCCCCACGGAGGAACAAAUGGGCCCCACGGAGGAACAAAUGGGCCCCACAGAGGAACAAAUGGGCCCCACGGAGGAACAAAUGGGCCCCACAGAGGAACAAAUGGGCCCCACAGAGGAACAAAUGGGCCCCACAGAGGAACAAAUGGGCCCCACAGAGGAACAAAUGGGCCCCACGGAGGAACAAAUGGGCCCCACGGAGGAACAAAUGGGCCCCACGGAGGAACAAAUGGGCCCCACGGAGGAACAAAUGGGCUCCACGGAGGAACAAAUGGGCCCCACGGAGGAACAAAUGGGCCCCACGGAGGAACAAAUGGGCCCCACGGAGGAACAAAUGGGCCCCACGGAGGAACAAAUGGGCCCCACGGAGGAACAAAUGGGCCCCACGGAGGAACAAAUGGGCCCCACGGAGGAACAAAUGGGCCCCACAGAGGAACAAAUGGGCCCCACAGAGGAACAAAUGGGCCCCACAGAGGAACAAAUGGGCCCCACGGAGGAACAAAUGGGCCCCACAGAGGAACAAAUGGGCCCCACAGAGGAACAAAUGGGCCCCACGGAGGAACAAAUGGGCCCCACAGAGGAACAAAUGGGCCCCACGGAGGAACAAAUGGGCCCCACGGAGGAACAAAUGGGCCCCACGGAGGAACAAAUGGGCCCCACGGAGGAACAAAUGGGCCCCACGGAGGAACAAUUAGCACACAGGAGGCGGGCGGAGGCGACGGGUGGCAGCGGUCGUAAGUUAGUGGAGUAA